AGUCAGAAGCAGUUGCGCUCAUCUUCCUCCUUCAAGAAUCCUGACUUUAGCCGCAUAGAGAAGAUCCAAGAAAGCAAGAGCAUCGCAAAUGUCGGUGGAAGAAAACCUUAAAUCCUCGGCGACUACUGACGAAGAGACCAAGAACCCUAACCCUAACUCCAAGGAGGACGACGAGGAACUAGAAGAGGGAGAGAUCGUCGGAGAAGACGAUGACGCUUCGUCUUCUUCCAAGAAAGCGAUUACCUACCAGCCACACCCGCUUGAGCACUCCUGGACCUUCUGGUUCGAUAAUCCUUCUGCUAAGUCAAAGCAAGCCACUUGGGGCAGCUCUCUGCGGUCCAUUUAUACAUUCGCCACUGUUGAGGAAUUCUGGAGUAUUUACAACAACAUACAUCACCCAAGUAAGUUGGCUGUGGGGGCAGACUUUCACUGUUUCAAAUAUAAAAUUGAGCCAAAGUGGGAAGAUCCUAUCUGUGCUGAUGGAGGCAAAUGGACUGUAACUUUCCCCAGAGGGAAGUCAGAUAUAUGUUGGCUGUACACGUUGCUGGCUAUGAUUGGAGAACAAUUUGAACAUGGUGACGAAAUUUGCGGAGCAGUGGUUAAUGUCAGAAACAAGCAGGACAAAAUAGCAUUGUGGACCAAGAAUGCUGCAAAUGAAGUUGCUCAGGUAAGCAUUGGGAAACAGUGGAAGGAAUUCCUUGAUUACAAUGAUACUAUAGGGUUCAUAUUUCAUGAGGAUGCAAAGAAGCUUGACAGAGCUGCCAAGAAUCGCUACACAAUAUGAACCGUAUAUAGUUUUUCCCUACCAUAUGCUGAGGUGAUUUUAGAUCUACAUUUCAUGGUAGCAGUCUCAGAGCAUUUAAUUCUUGGGGCUUUCUGUUGCCUGUUAUCUUCCAAAUUAUGCUUUGCUUUACCUACCACUGUUUUGAGAUAUAUAUAAUUUUAGUUGUAUAAGUGAAGUUUCCAGCUUGUAGUUUUAGAUUGGCAAUUUUACAGGAUGAUUACCGGUUGCAACUAACUCUUUGUGGUUAGCUAUAAUAUGGGCUUCUUUGGCAUAGAAUUUUUUGUGGUUACCUAGCUUCAUACAUUCAAGAAAUUUUAUUAACUAAU